CAAAAUUUUUCCCUUAAAUUCGUCAACAAAAUGUCUUAUUCCUUCCAUCAAAACAUCAAAUUCCACAAUUACAUCAGCUCCAUACAAAAAGUUGUCGUUUACGAGACACGGGCGCGUCUCUAUCUCGUCGGCUCGAACAACAAAGAAAGUCGUUUUCGUCUUCUGGAGAUCGACAGAACGUCGCCCGACCUGAAAUACUUUGAGCAUCAAGGCGAAUUCGAGAAACGUGAAUUGGUUCGCUUGCUUCCGUCAAAUUUGAAGGAUUGCCGGCCCAUAAGUGCAUAUGGGGUUCUCGGAUUUGUUCGUUUCACGAGUUGCCAUUACCUGAUUCUCGUCACAAAACGAACAAUGUGCGCUCUGAUUGGCAUGCACAUCAUUUAUACGAUCAAGGAUACGGUCAUGAUCAAAAUUAACGAGGGACGAGGCGUCGGAAUGAAUCCAAUGGAGCAAAAAUUCCUGAAACUCUUCACGAAUGUCGAUAUGAACAGCAAUUUUUACUUUAGUUACAGCUACAAUUUGUCGCGAACGUUGCAAUAUAACAUGGCGCCGCCGCGAUUCAUCGAGCCGGAUGGGCUUUCGCGGCAAAAUGUCGACGGAAUUGUUUGGGAAUCGAUGGAGGCAAAGUCGCGGAUGGAUUUUUCGGUGCGCGGGACUUCGAGAAAACGCUUCAUUUGGAAUGAGUUCUUGAUGCAACCCGUUAAAGGCAAAAUUCAUCCAGAUUGGCUGCUUGAAAUCACUCACGGGUUCGUUUCGCAAUCGCAUAUCAGCAUUUUUGGACGUCCCAUUUACGUUUGUCUCAUUGCGCGUCGCAGCAAUCGUUUCGCAGGCACGAGAUUUUUGCGACGCGGCGCUAAUUUUGUCGGCGAUGUCGCCAACGAAGUCGAAACGGAGCAAAUUGUCACGGAUGGCGCUCGUUUAUGCAGUUUCGUGCAAAUGCGAGGCUCCGUGCCGCAUCGAUGGUCCCAAGAUAUCAGCAAAAUGGUGCCAAAACCCCAAAUUAUGAUCGAUUUGUCGGAUCCGUAUUCCGAAAUUGCCGGCAGACACUUUCAAAAGUUGUUUUUUCACUACGGAGCGCCAAUUAUUUGCUUGAAUCUCGUGAAAAAACGCGAGAAACGCAUGCACGAGAACAUUUUGACGAGCGAAAUGGUCGGAAGUAUCAAAUAUUUGAAUCAGUUUUUGUCCGUGGAUCAUCGCAUCAAGUACAUUCACUUUGACAUGGCGAAGAGGAAUCGCGAUGGGAAAGUUAUGAAAUCGCUUGCGGAUAUUGCGGAGAGGGUUAUUCAACAAACGGGGAUUUUUUUGAAGAGUGAGGAGCAGAAUUUGUUUCAAACGGGCAUUAUAAGGGUGAAUUGCGUGGAUUGCUUGGAUCGAACAAAUACGGCGCAGUUUUCGAUUGGAAAAUGCGUUUUGGGACAUCAAUUGCACAAAUUGGGAUUUAUUAAUUCGCCAAAGUUGGAAUUUGAUUCGGAUUGCAUCACGAUGCUUGAAAGUUUGUAUGAGGAUCAUGGAGAUACGCUUGCUUUGCAGUAUGGGGGAUCGCAAUUAGUUCAUCGCAUCAAAACUUACCGAAAAACUGCUCCAUGGACAUCGCAAGGCAACGACAUCAUGCAAACUUUGAGUCGAUAUUACAGCAAUACCUUCAGCGACACCGAAAAGCAACACAGUAUCAAUUUAUUCCUCGGAUAUUACGUCCCGAUCGACUUUAGUGCGAAAGAUUUGCAAACUAUCACAGACAUUCCAACGGAUCAUUAUUACCUCACACGAGCUUUCGACCCCAAAUUCAACGAAAAUCCCCUCACGCAAUUCAUUUCCGACAAAAUUGCGCGAAAUCUUCCGCAUUCCUGCAGCAACGCGAAUAAAAUUGUCAAAGAACUCGUUCGAAUCGAAUCUCCUGACAUCGACAUGGUCGACGUUUACUCAAAUUACCAUCAACCACACAAAAUUACGACAUUCGAAGAAACGAUCGCGUAUCAAAUCUCGCAAAUUUCCCGACAUUUUGUGUCGACUUUCAAAACGAACUUUAGUCCUUUCGAACCGGGACGACGCAGAGAAGAUCGCAUCACAAAUAAUCCAUCGAUGACGGGUCAAAGUUCAACUGGAUCGACAAAUUCUUCAACGACAGACGAAGAUUCGAACGGCAGUCAAUCGGAAAAUGACUCAGAAAAUGAGACAAAAGUCACGCAAAAUACUUUGCAAUCGCAAAAUUUUGUGGAAAAACCAAAAUUACCGCUUUCGAGUACGCGCGAAAGUUACGGAAUUGAACUUCAGAGCCCGAGUAAGGAAAAUAUGAAAAAAUAUAAAGAUUAUAUCGCGUUAUGGGAAUAUUCGAGCAAACUGAAUGCGGGAGGAAAAGUUGACUUGACGAGUAAAUUCGAGUAUAAAAUGUAUCCGGAAAUUAAAGUUUCGGAGGAAAGUCGAAAAAUUUAUGAGAAUUAUUGUAAUUUACCGAAUAAUUUGACAGUUAAAGAUGAGACAAGAGUCGUAAUUGCCAAAUAUGUCGCAAGUUUGUAAUUUUUUAUAAAGAAUUAUUAUGAAAUAAAGUUGAAAUGAAUUAAAAUUUUGAUAAUUUUAAACAAAUUUAAUUUUUUUGAGUUUGAAUUAGCGAAAAAGCGAUUUUCAAAUUUUUAACGGUCAUUUUUUGAAUUGACAUUUACGAAAUUUGAAUUGAAA